AUGGAUAAUUCUGAAAGAGUAAAUUUAAAUUAUAUAAAUAAAGAUCAUAUUAAUGCAGUUACUAAUAAUUUGAAUGAACAAAUAAAUCUAGAUAGAGAAACUAAAAAGCAUAGUCAUGAUAAAAUAUUUCUUUUAGAAAAAAAAAAUAAUUCUAAGAAUAUAUAUAGUAAUAUGAAAAACAACGUAGUGAAUGACAAUAUUGAUACAGCUCAAAAAAAAAGAGAAUUAAAUUCUGUUAAGGAGAACAGUAUGAACACUGAAUUUACUUUAAAUAGCAAUGAUAUGUAUGUUGAGAAUAAUUUCGAUGUUAAGUUAUUAGAUAAUGAAAAUAAUUCAAAAGUUACUAACUUUUGUGGUAGUUCUAUGAAUACAGGUUCAUGUGAAGAAUAUAAUAAAAGUUCAUUAGAUAAAUAUAAAGUAAAUAAAUUAAGUAAUAUAAAUGUUGAGAACAAAAUAAUUAAUAAACAUAAAAAUGCAUAUACGGAAAUGACAAAAAAUUCAUAUGAUUAUUUCAAUAGUAGUAAUGAAGAAAUUGAGAUAAAUAAUAAUAAUAAUAAUAUUACAUUAACUGAUAGUAAUGAAGAUAGCAUAAAUAAUAACAUUAAUGGAAGUAACUAUAACAGUUGCUUGAGUGAGGACGUGUAUAAUAAUAUUAGUGGUAUAAAUAAAGAAAUAAGACGAACAGAAAAAGAUUAUAAAAUUCUUUAUGGAAAUAAUUAUGACACAAAUAAAUCUAAAAAUGAAUUGAAAUGUAAUGAGGAAAAAAAUGGAGAUAUAAAUAAAAUUGUUAGAGAAAAUAAUGAUAAUAAAGAGAACAAUAAAACUGAAAUGAACAUUAAUAAUGAUAAUGACUUAAGUGAUAAAAAUAAGUACUCUUAUAAUAAGGAAAUGUUACACGAAGAUAACAAAUCAUUAAGAAAUGAUUUUAACCAUAAUAAUAACAAAAAUAAUAUUAACGGUGAUAACAACAAUAUUUAUAAUAGAAAAAAUAAUAAUAACAGUAAUAAUAAUAAGGAAAAUAAUAACAAAAAUAAUGAUAAUAUUAAUAAUAAUAACAAUACUAAUCAUACUAAUACUAAUACUAAUAAUAAUAAUAAUAAUAACAACAAUAAUAAUAACAACAACAACAAUAAUAAUAACAACAACAAUAAUAAUAAUAAUAAUAAUGAUAAUGAUGAUGAUAAUAAUAAUAUUAACAAUAAUAGUAAUAAUAAUAAUAAUAAUAAUGAUGAUGAUGAUGAUGAUAAUGAUGAUGAUAAUGAUGUUGAUAAUGAUGAUAAUAAUAAUAUUAACAAUAAUAAUAAUAAUGGUAAUUCUACUACUACUACUAAUAAUAGUUAUAAUAAUAAUAAUAAUCAUAUUAAUUAUGAGAAUAAUAAUAUUAAUAAUGAGAACAGCGAUAACGAUAAUAACAAUAAUAAUGAUAUUUUGCAAAAUAAUAAUUUAAUGAGUAAUUUAAAUAGUGAUUCAAACUAUUAUGAUAUAAAUGAUAAUAGAAAAAAGGAGAAAUAUAAUUUGGAGGAAAAUGAUAUUUCUUUUAAAAGAAGAAAAAUAACAAGAAUAGAAGAAAUUAAAAAUAGUCAAGAAAUAGAAACAAAUGAUAUAGAAACAAAGAAAACAGAAGUAGAAAAAAAUGAAAGUAAAAGUUUUGAUGAUAAUGAAAAGGAGAAAAAUUCAACAGAAGUAAGUACAUUGAUCAAAAAUAAUACAGAUAAUACAGAAAGAGGUAGUUAUUUACAAGAUAAAUUAGAACUUUUAUUAACUGAAACCAAAAAAUAUACAGAAAAAUUAUCAGGACAACGGAUAAAAAUUAAUGUACAAUCAAAAAUAAACAAAACUAGACGUUGUGUAUUAACAGAGAAAGAAGAAGACUACAUGUUGUUAAAGGAAGCAAGUGAAGAAGACGACACUAUUAUAUUAAAGCAACCUGUAAGUAUUAAAGGUAUUAUGAAACCUUAUCAAAUAGAAGGAUUAAAUUGGUUGUAUCAGUUGUACAAAUUUAAAAUUAAUGGAAUUUUAGCUGACGAAAUGGGUCUAGGAAAGACUUUGCAAACAAUUAGCUUAUUAUGCUAUUUAAGGUUUAAUAAAAAUAUUAAAAAAAAAAGUAUAAUUAUAUGUCCCAGAUCAACUUUAGAUAAUUGGUAUGAAGAAAUUAAAAAAUGGUGUAAUGAACUAAAAGCAUUUAAAUAUUAUGGUAAUAAAGAUCAAAGGAGAGAAUUAAACAAAAAAGUAUUGCACACAGAUUAUGAUGUGUUAUUAACAACUUACGAAAUAGUUAUUAAAGACAAAAGUGCUCUAUAUGAUAUUGAGUGGUUUUUCUUAAUAAUUGAUGAAGCCCAUAGAAUAAAAAAUGAAAAGAGUGUUUUAAGUUCUUCUGUUCGUUUUCUUAAAUCAGAAAAUAGAUUAUUGUUAACAGGAACUCCAUUACAUAAUAAUUUGAAAGAAUUGUGGUCAUUACUGAAUUUUUUAAUGCCUAAAAUUUUUGAUAACUCUGAAGAAUUUGAUAAUCUAUUUAAUAUAUCUAAGAUCAGUACUAAUGAUAAUAAACAAAGUGAAAUAAUUACACAGUUGCAUACAAUUUUAAAGCCAUUUAUGCUUAGAAGAUUAAAAGUAGAAGUUGAACAAUCCUUACCACCAAAAAGAGAAAUUUAUAUUUUCGUCGGUAUGUCGAAAUUACAGAAAAAAUUAUAUUCGGAUAUCCUUAGUAAAAAUAUUGAUGUAAUAAAUGCUAUGACUGGUAGCAAAAAUCAAAUGUUAAAUAUUUUAAUGCAGUUAAGAAAGUGUUGCAAUCAUCCAUAUUUGUUUGAUGGAAUUGAAGAACCUCCAUAUAUAGAAGGAAAUCAUCUAAUUGAAACCUCAGGAAAAAUGUCUCUUUUAGAUAAAUUAUUACCAAGAUUAAAAAAAGAAAAUUCCAGAGUACUAUUGUUUUCUCAAAUGACACGAUUGUUAGAUAUAAUUGAUGAUUAUUGUAGAUGGAAAAAUUAUGAAUAUUUAAGAAUUGAUGGUUCAACGCCAGGAGAUGAAAGGCAAAUAAGAAUUAAUCAGUUUAACGAACCAAAUAGUAAAUAUUUUAUAUUUUUAUUAUCUACAAGAGCAGGUGGAAUAGGUAUUAACCUUACAUCAGCAGAUAUUGUAAUUUUGUUUGAUUCAGAUUACAAUCCUCAAAUGGAUAUCCAAGCAAUGGAUAGAGCACAUCGUAUCGGUCAAAAAAAAAGAGUUAUUGUUUAUAGAUUUGUUACGCAGAAUUCAGUAGAAGAAAAAAUUGUAGAAAGAGCAGCAAAAAAAUUAAAAUUAGAUUCUUUAAUUAUACAAAAAGGUAAAUUAAAUUUGAGUAGUAAUAAAGAUAAUAAUAAACAAGAAUUGCAUGAUAUUCUAAAUUUUGGUGCCCCAGAAGUUUACAAAACUCAAGAUGUUUCAUCUAUUUCUGAUGAAGAUAUCGAUAUCAUUUUAGCUAAUGCAGAAAAAAGAACAAUGGAAAUAGAAAAUAAAUUGAAAAAUCUAGAGAAUAUAUUUGAUUUAACUAAUAUAUCUUUAGAUGGGGGGUUAAACAUGUAUAAUAAUUUAAAUAGAGAAGAUGAAUCUGAAGAAACUAGUGAUGAAGACAAUUCGAAUUCUGUUGAAGAUUCAUCAACUACGAAUUUAGAUGCUGAUAGUAAAAAAAAAAAAAAAAUGAACAAAAUAAGGAGUACUAUUAAGAAAUUUUUAAAAAAUAAUAAAAAAAAUAUAACUUUUCUAGACCUAGGAGAAAGAAAAAGUAAAUGGAAAGUUAUAAAUAAUGGAAAUAGUAGAUUAAUUAAAAAAAAAUUGAGUCUUCAUGGAUGGAAAGCUGAGGCUAAAGGAGGACAUGAUUUUCAAUUUUUUAAUAAUGAAAGAUUAGAUGAGCUAGAACAGAUUGAAGAAAAAUGGAAUAAUUACCAUAAAAAUGAAGAAAAAAUUAAAGAAAUUAUUGAAGCUCAAAGUGAACAAGAGGAUUUUAAAAAAAUAGUUACUCUUAAUGAAUUUUUAGAUAUACAUGCAAAAAAUAUCUACCAAAUUAUUAACCUGAUAAAUCCAAACAUUUUGGAUGAUAAAAAUAUAGAGGAAGAAAAUAAUAAUAUUGAUACAAAUGAUUUUAAGAAAAAAAUAAUAAAUCUGUUUGAAUCAAAAAAAAAAAUAAAUAUCAUAAAAUUCAAAGAUAAAAAUGUAAAAAACUGUUAUGACUAUUUAACCAAUUUUAUCAGAAAACACAUUGCAGAUACAAAUAACGAAAAUAACAAUAACAAAAAGAUGAAAAAAGGAAAGAAAAACAAAAAAAGAGCAGAAAAUGAUAUAUCUAACAUAGAUAUUGAUAAAAUUAAAAUAGAAAAACAAGAAUUAUUGCAGCAAGGUUUUUCAAAAUGGAAUAAAGCAGAAUUUAAUAAAUUAAUGAAUGGAUUAAUUAUUUAUGGUAGUGAUGAUAUUGAAUUUAUUUAUGAAAAAUAUUUUAUUAAAUCUAAAAAAUCAUUGGAAGAUAUUAAGACUUAUUUGAAAGUCUUUUUUAAAAAAUAUGAACAAAUUAAAGGGGGUGUAAGAUUAAUUGAAAAAAUUAGGAAAUCUGAUCUGCAAAAAAAAAUAGUGCAAGAAGAAAAUGAUGUGAUUGCAAAUUUUGUUGAAAAACAAUUAUCUGAGGGUGUCGAUACAAUAGAGAAGUUGAAGUUGCCUUCUAAUUUGUGUUAUGAAAAAAUGGAAAAAAAUGAGGAUAUUUCAAGUUCUCCCAAGAAAACUAAAGUAGAAGAUAGUAAAAUUAAUUUAAAUGAAGAAGAUAUUUCAUAUUAUGAUCAAGAAAAUAAAAUACUACUUUGGUUGUUAUAUCAACAAGGAGUAGUUCAGAUUAAAAAUAUUCAUAUAUUGGCACCUUACUAUUGGCCAGAGGCUUUUAAUUUUUUUAGAUUUGCAAGUACAUCUUUAGAAAAAAUUGAAUACAGAUGUAGAUUGAUAAUUGAUGCUAUUGUUAACUUAAAUAAAAAGAGCUCCAAGAGUACAAAUAAUAAGGAAAGAAAAAGAUUUUAA